ACACCCUCCCGACAACAGUCAUUGUGGAGGGGGUAGGUCAUGGGGAGAGUGUUGGAUGCAUCAGGCAUUGGUACCCACAAGUGAAGUGGGCAGAGUGAAGUCAGCAACCAUUGACCUCUUAGCCUCUUAGCCAUAUUCAUCCUGAUGGCGUUGCUGGCUUUGACAGCAUCCUGGUCCUGCUGCUGCCAUCAAAAACACACCCGGCAGAUCACCACACUGCCGAGCGGCACCAACGAAGCCAGUGACGCUGAGAGUGACUACAGAAGCAGACUAUAGGCAGUCAGAAGGGACCGCGCCCUGUCACCAAGUGCCCCUCCAACAUGCCAAAGCCCUCCGACAAGAAGGAUGACAAAGGGAAGCGGCUGAGAGUACAUGCAAUCAGAAGGUGUACAUAGACGGACUUUUGCACAGUAUCGUUUUGGCUGUCAGAUUGAAAAUUUGACCGAUUUGCUGGCAAACUUUGAGCUGGAUCCAGAAUUUAGUAGGCUGUGCAACCAUCCGCAAAAAUGGUGGAGGGUUCUGUGGAGUUGACGCGCACUUGUGGCACCCUAGGAUGCGAGCACAUCAUGGCUUGGGCAGCGGCCUAUCCUGUAGACUUGAACAGGGCACUGGCAAUGGAUUUAGCUUCUGCCAUGCACAAUGCCGCAAGACUAACUAAACUGUGGUGGUUCUACCCAUAUCAAACUUUGAAGUGGGCUCAGGAAUAUACCUCUCAGAUGCCGGGACUUGUACAUGGGAAAACAUCCAUCGCUAUCAGAUCAGAAACCAGACGGAGUUGCCAUUCCUGAAAAAUGGUUGGACUGUCUCAGAUCGAAAGUGAUCGCACUCUUCGCCCGCAACCUGCAAGGCAGGUAUAGAUCUGGAUCAUGUGGACGAGCUCCAGACGGGCACGCGUGCCACCAAGGUCGGGGCAGGUUACUUCAUGCGUGGGCUACCAUUGUAAAGGACCCACGAGAGAAGGCAACAUCAUUGUUUUUGAAAGGGGCACAGCUGGUUUGGGGAUGGCCUCAUCAGCGCUUGAUGGUAUGUUUCCAAGGGUUUGCGACGAGCCGGACUUUCAUGAGGUGUGCUUAAUGACAGAUCUGAGUCUUUUCAAAAAAACUAUACUGGAGUGGAACAGGAUCAAGAAGCUUAUGAGGCAUUGGAGUCAUACCAUGCGAAGGGCUUCUUGCAGAAGUUUGAGACCCUUUCUGAAGUUGAGGUGGAGCUCGGGUGCAAGCCAGCCCUUUGCAAACUGGAUUGUAUUAAAAAGAUGAAGUUCAAUGCAGACACUGGGCAAUACACCUAUAAGGCCAGAAUCCUACUGGAUUGCAAGAGGUCAGGGGGUUUCAAACAUGGCAAAGCACACCCAGCCGAAAGAUCUGCAACCCUCGAUGAAGUUCGUGGCUGUCUGUCAGACAAGGGAUCCAAAGAGGAUACACUCAGAGGUUUGGUCAAUGACUUUUACGCUGCUUCCAGCAAUGCUCCAAGGUCGCCGCAAUUGAGGGCUGGGAGAGGUACCAUACCGUGUGUUACGGAGCAUGCGUGUGUCAUCGUUGUGCAAAUUGGGAGGUUACCGGUCACUCAAAAAACACCUUUCCUGUGCAAAGGAUCAUCACGUUACUCUGGUUUAUGCUGGAAGAAAUUUCCAGAAAAUGCUCCAGAUCGGUUCUUAGAGGGCUUGCUGGCUCCACAAGGUCCAUGGAUUUCGAUGUAGUCAGAAGUGCUCUGCACCUUACAAAGGCACACCUAGAGUUAGAUGACCAGGGACCUGCACAUCCUAGGGCCAUGUUGAUUACGGCCACCAUUUUUCCAUUGAGAGCUGGAAGCUUCCGCAUUGGACUUGGCGGACAUUUCAUUUGAAGAGGCUAAGGUUACUCGGUGCCUACUUGUAUGCAAAACGGUCUGGCAAGCAAAAGGCUGCGUCAGAUCCUGGGCAUGUGUCUGUGACACGCAACUUCCAUGUGUAGUCCACACGAGGAGCUAGAGGAGUUCUAUCGCUGCACGUUGGGAGCAUUCAGCGCAGAUUUGCCCUUGUUCCCGUCGCCUUCUGGUGGGUGUGCACGAAACAGGGAGUAGUGAACGCGAGGAAAAAA